UUGUUUCCGUUGCUUGGAUUAAAAAAGUGACUGUAACAGAAAAUCUGUUUUAAAAACUACAGAUUAGGAAGUGGGGCCUAAAGUGCGGGUUUUGCUCCCGAGUUCUCUGUUGUACUAAAACUCAGUCUCGGGGUCAUAUGCGGUUUAAAAUUUCAAGCCGACAUUGUUUGUAGUCCCCGUACACCCUUUGCGUCUCAGACCGUUUGUAGCUAAAGGGACCAAAGAGAGCGAGCAGAGCUGAGCACAGCUGUAGCGGCACUAUAGAACAGCUAGCUAGUGUUAGCCAGUCACUGCAAUGGCCUCCGACAGUGGUAGCAACAUGGACAGAGAGAUGAUUCUGGCUGACUUUCAGGCAUGCACUGGGAUCGACAAUAUUGCAGAGGCAAUCACUCUCUUAGAACUGAACAAUUGGGACUUGGUGGCAGCCAUUAACGGUGUGAUACCACAAGAAAAUGGCAUCUUGCAAAGCAAUUUCAGCAGUGAGGGAUCUCAGACGAGCCCGCUAGGAGCUGACAGCCAGUCAGCAGCAACGGAACCACCAGCCAUGUCGUCACCAUCCUCACCGCCAUCGUCUUCUUCCUCUGCCUUCUGCCCUGUCCUGCCCUCCCGGCAAAUUUUAGAGCGGCAGCCACGCAUGCUCAACUUCCGAGUAGAGUACCGCACACGCUCAGUAGAUGUGGUACUAGAGGAUACUAGCACAGUGGGAGAUAUCAAAACAUUUCUGGAGACAGAGCUUCAGGUUCCCGUGUCUAAAAUGCAGUUAAAAGGCUGGAAGAGUGCAGAUGUGUCUGACAGUACGGUACUGAGGAGUUUACACCUGCCCAAGAACAACAGCCUGUAUGUACUGACCCCUGACAUCGCUCCCUCUGCCAGCAGCAGCCAGAGCAGCGUCCAGCAGGAGUCAUUAAAUCAAAACUACCUGCUGAUUGUCCUCCACCGGGAAGCGCAGAAAGAGUACAACCUCAAUUUCCCUGGCAGCAGAACCAUCCAGGAGGUUAAAAGGAACAUCUCUGAUUUGACAAACAUCCCAGUACGACAUCAGCAGUGGGACGGCUGGCCUGCUUCAGCCUUGGAUGACUCGAUGACGUUGGCCUCCUCUGGGAUCAGCUACCCAUGUCAUCGGCUGACUGUGUGCAGGAGAUCCUCCCCAGCAACUACUCUGGAACCAGCUGAGGAGUGCACAGAUGUUCACAUGGUCAGUGACAGCGAAGGAGACGACUUUGAGGACGCCCCUGAAUUUGGAGUAGAUGAGUCUGAAAUCUUUGGCAUGGGAAGCUCGAGUUGUCGAAAGUCACCAAUGAUGCCGGAGAACAGUGAAAAUGAGGGCGAUGCUUUACUGCACUUUACCUCGGAGUUCUCUUCAAGAUAUGGAGAAUGCCAUCCAGUGUUCUUCAUUGGUUCCUUGGAGGCAGCAUCUCAAGAGGCCUUUUAUGGCAAAGCCAGAGAUAGAAAGCUGCUGGCCAUCUACCUCCACAACGAUGAUAGUGUUCUCAGCAAUGUCUUCUGCUCCCAAAUGAUGUGUGCAGAGUCCAUAGUGUCAUAUCUGAGCCAGAAUUUCAUCACAUGGGCCUGGGAUGUGACUAAAGAAGCUAACAAAGCCAGACUACUCACCAUGUGCACGCGACAUUUCGGAAGUGUCGUCGCACAGACCAUUAGGACAUACAAAACUGACCAGUUCCCUCUGCUACUGAUAGUCAUGGGCAAAAGGACAUCCAAUGAAGUUUUAAAUGUUAUUCAAGGUAACACUACAGUGGAUGACCUGAUGAUGAGACUGAUGGGAGCAAUGGAAAUCUUCACAGCCCAGCAGCAGGAGGACAUCCGAGAUGAGGAUGAGCGUGAAGCUAGAGAAAUGGUGAAGCGAGAGCAGGACGAAGCGUAUCGCUUGUCAUUAGAGGCUGAUCGCAAAAAGAGAGAAGCACAGGAGCGAGAAGAGGCGGAACAAGUACGUCAAGAACGAAUCAGGAAAGAGCAGGAAGAGGAACGGGAGGCGAUCCGUCUUUCACUGGAGCAGACCUUACCGCCAGAGCCCAAGGAGGAAGCAGGAGAACCAAUCAGUAAACUGCGUAUCCGGACGCCCAGCGGAGAGUUCCUGGAGAGGCGUUUCCUGGGCAGUUGCAAGCUCCAGGUCCUUUUCGACUUUGUGGCCUCCAAAGGCUAUCCAUCGGAUGAGUUCAAACUGCUCACCACUUUUCCCCGUAGAAACAUAACUCAGUUAGAUCCGGCAUGGACGUUGUUGGAAGCCAAACUCUUCCCUCAAGAGACUCUCUUUCUGGAGGCCAAAGAGUAGGACUGACUGCACUUGACAAAUCACACAAACAAUGAAGAACUUUUAGCAUGGUGUCCACAGAGAACAGCCACACGCAAACACACUCAUAGUACGUUGUACAUGAAUAAUGAGUGUUCGUUAUGAUUCACACUGAAGCUUUCACAAGCACAGAGAUACUGACACUCACUCACACACAGAACUGUCAUGUUUUUCUCCACCCACUGAAAAGGUAACCAAAAAAGAAAAAGAAAAUAUUACAGUUGUGGAGACUCAGAACAGCAUCACAGGUGAGGAUGAUCCACUAUGGCUGACCUGAUUUGUACAAGUAAUCAAAUAAGUUAAUAAAUAAAUACCCAAAUAUGGUGGUAUGUGACAAGCAAAGAGAUGUUUCAUGAAGAACUUUGGACUAUUUCUUUCCUCCCCCAACUUCAUUGGUUUCCUUGCUCUUUGGCCAAGUCCUUGGACAGUCAGCUAUGUGCAUUUCCUUUUUACCGAUGAUCAGAAAUGGCUUUGUUCUCAACUCCUGAAAAGAAAAAAAAAAGAAGAAAAAAACAGAAAAAAAAAAAAAAUAA